AUGAGUGUGUAAAUGUGCUGCUGCUGCUUGGUUUCUUCAGCUCUCCAUCAGCUCUCAGACACUUUGGGAAAUGAUGAGCGCAGGUUUGGAGCAGCUGCCGGCAGGGGGGAGGAGAACUCCACCCAGCGCAGAAUCUGAGCGGGCGGAGCGGAGGGCAGCUUGUGCCGAGAGGCUCGGGCUGGUUGGACGGGACGCAGGAAACUUCAGAGGGGCCAAAGUCCAUCCGGAGCUCGGAGGAGGCUGGCAGCACCGUGUGAGGGCGCGCUGGGAACCAACGCACAUGUGAGCUGUCCAGAAAUGCUCCAAAGAUGGCGGUGGUGGCAGCGACGGGAGUUCCGCGAGGCUCCGGAGUGCAGAAAAGUGGAUUCGCGGAGGUUCUGGUGCGGGAGCGCUGGCACAAAGUUUUGGUCAACUUGAACGAGGAAGCGCUCACGCUGAGCUGCGAGGAGAGCAGCGACGGAGACGGCGUCAACUUCAACGGCGUCACCAACGGAUCUUACCAUGACAACAGCAACACCAACUCCAACAACGGGCCGCACGCGGCGCGCACCGUCUUCACCGACCUCCCGGACACAGUCCCGGAGGCGAUCGCCAACAGAAAGCGGUGCGUCAAGGUGAGCAAGCAGGAAGUCGGCGGACUGGGCAUCAGCAUCAAGGGAGGGAAGGAGAACAAGAUGCCCAUCCUCAUCAGCAAGAUCUUCAAGGGUCUGGCGGCGGACCAGACCCAGGCUCUGUACGUGGGGGACGCCAUCCUGUCCGUGAACGGAAUGAACCUGCGGGACGCCACGCACGACGAGGCGGUGCAGGCGCUGAAACGUGCCGGAAAGGAGGUGACUCUGGAAGUAAAAUACAUGCGUGAGGCGACUCCAUAUGUGAAGAAAGGCUCUCCGGUGUCAGAGAUCGGCUGGGAGACGCCUCCUCCUGAGUCUCCUCGCCUCGGCAGCCCAACCAUCUCCUCCUCAGACACUCCCAGCUUUCCCAGCUCUCCCAGUUCUCCCAGUCAGCCCUCGCUGUCUCUGAGCGGUGACCGGAGGUGUAUCCCGCUGAGGAUGUGUUACGUAACCAGAGCCAUGACCACACCUGACCCCGACAACAGACAGCUGGAGCUCCACUCUCCUGAUGCCCGACACACCGUGGUGCUGCGCUGCCCCGACCAGCCGGCUGCCCUGUCCUGGUUCUCUGCCAUGCACGCCGUCACCUCGUCGCUGGCUCAGCGGGUUCUGGCCGAGGUCAUCCAGAACACGUCCAGAACCGGAGUCGCUGGCAGCAAAGAGAUCCGACACCUGGGCUGGCUGGCAGGGAAGACGGAGAGCGAAAAGCAGAGCUGGAAGCCGGUGCUGGUGGUGGUGACGGAGAAGGACCUGUUGCUGUUUGACAGUCUACCGAGAGGCAGAGAGUCCUGGCAGAGUCCUACACAUACUUAUCCACUGCUGGCGACACGUCUGGUGCACUCAGGGCCUGACCGGGGGUCUCCUCAUUCCGGCACUGAGCUCUUCUUCGCCACUCGGACCGGGACCAGACUCGGCAUCGAGACUCACCUGUUCCGGACGGAGACUACCAAGGAUCUGUCGCUGUGGACCAGACAGAUAGUCAACGGAUGUCACGCAUCAGCCGAGAUGAUCAAAGAAGUCUCUACGAGUUGUCUGUACCGAGGUCAGGAGUGUCGGCUGGUGAUCCACUAUGAGCAGGGCUUCUCUGUGCUGACCGACCCGAAGGCUGGAGAUGAGGAGGACACGGAGGCCAUAGUGGUCCAGACUCCCAUUAAACCCAGAGUGCUGCUCUCGUACCCCUUCGAAAAGCUAAAGAUGUCCUCCGACGACGGCGUCCGCAUGCUGCUGCUCGACUUCGGCGGGAAGGAGGGGGAGAUUCUGGACCUGCAUUCGUGUCCGAAGCCGAUCGUGUUCAUCCUGCACUCCUUCCUGUCUGCUAAGAUCUCCCGCCUCGGUCUGGUGGCCUGACAGCCUCUGAAGGAACAUUUCAGCUCCUAUGAGAACAGAAAUCCUCGUAGUCCCUCCUCUUGUCUGGAGCUGCAUGCAGCAAAACACCUCAAACUCCUGCAGUUGGAAACCCAAGCUGAGUGAAUGUAGCCUCUCUGGAAACGGACCUUUUUGGGUUCUCAGACUUUUUAGACAAACAGUGGAGGAAGCAGUGGAGAUGAGUCGUGCUUUUCUCUUGACAGACAGAUUUUGGGGGGUAAAUGAAACCUGGAAACGCUGCAGGGACCGAGAAGUUGACUGAAGAACCACAGAAGAAGAUGGUCUAUAUAUAUGAGGCAUAGAGCAGGUUGGGCAAUACUGUCAGGUCCUGGUUGGAAGGAUUGGCCUCCUGUAGCAGGUUCACAAGAAUUCUAUUUUAAUUCAAUCACCGUCUAAUGGCACACUGCCUCCAUUUAGCCAUCCCAUAAUUUAUUUACCGCCGGCUCUGAAAGGACGUUCUGAAUUUCACUCUUCAUUUUUCUUCCGCCAAAUGUUUGACACACUGUGGGAAAAACUUGGUGCAUUUGUCUUUAUUAGGCUCCCCAGAGACGUCUGUUAGCAGCGUCAGCAUUCAUCAUCCAACCAGCUGCAGGGAUUCCCUCCCAGCUCCUCCAACUUAUUCUGUAGCAGCACACUGACCGGCUGCUUCAGGUGUUUUAGUAUCUGACAGGUAAUAGACAUUGUAUGAACGGGGUUUCAUUUCAAACUUAAAGGAUGCAUAUGUUUAAAUUAUCCAGAAGAUUUUAGAAAACACAUUCAAACCAGUUCAAUUAAAGCAGUACUUUGAUCUUGUAGGUAAAUGUGAUGUUUUCUUGCUGAGACUCAUCAGUGAGGUCUGAUGCGACCUGAUACAGCAGCUCUGCCACACACUACAUCCUAUAUAAAUAUGUAUUCCACAUUUGGACUUGUUAUUUCUGAUACUUUGCCUCCUUUAAUGACAUGAACCGUCUCGCUCAACCACUCACUAUGGCCUCAACCCUCAACCGUACAAACAUUAUCUGACAGUGCAAACCAGAACAGAAAAGGUUAAAGCAUGAUAAAGGUACUUUUUAUGGCAGAGUUGUUGAACCUGAUUGCAUUAGAUUAUACUGGUGUUCCUAUAGACACCUGCUCCUAUAAUAACUUGGUUCUGGUUCUAUCCUGUUUAUACAGUAAUGAUAAGGUGGGCUUUCUGAACUUUGGAUGUAGCCAGGCCAGCUGGUUCCAGAAGAAUGGAUGGGUGGCAAAAUGUGAUACUUAGUGAAUUCUAAUUUGACCAAUAGAUUUUCUUUGACUGGAAAACAGAUAAACAAGAGAAAAAAGUGAUUAUGUUGGUGAUAUUAAUGAUGAUUUUUAACAUUUUUUUUCAAAAUUUUUACUUAAAAAUGCCUUGAAACCAUUGAAUCUGCAAGUUUUUGAGGGAAUGCAGCUUCUGUGCCACCUUUGAUAUGUUCUGAUACACUCUAAAAUACAAACGACUAAUUCAGUAGUACCGAUCUCUGGUCAGCUACUAGUCAACUCCAAGUCCCGGAGUAAAUUUUAGUUUAAUCAGCUGUCUAUUGUGUUUUAUUUUGGAGCGAUCCAGCCAAAGCUCACACUGGAUCCCAUCAAGGAUCUGUAGAGGAAAUUAAAGCCAGAGUGAUGCAAAGAAGUUUUCCAACCCCCAGGUCAAGGAGGUAUAAGAGUAGAGAUCCAAAAUCGCAGUGGAGACGUGCCAAGAGCUUGUAGGAAACCAUAGGAACCAUUUGGAUGCUAUAAUGGCAAAUACAGACUUUGCUGUUUAUUACUGAGUGUAAAAUAAAUAUUUUUUCGACACUAAAGUCGUUAAAAUUCAUCAUUAACAUCUCAAACACAACAUUGCAGUUUCCUUUGUCGCAUUUUAUAUCAUUUCCAGUCAGAAAGAAACUUCAAUAUAAAAAACACUAUAAAUCAAACUUUGCUGUGGCUAUGAAUAGUUAGGGCUAAACAUGUGUGACAUAAUGUGUUAAUUAGUGAGUCUAGAGGUGGAUUUUAUAACCUGACAAGCUGUUCUCCUGAUUCAAGUGCUUAAGUGAGCAGCUGGCUGUGGCUUCAUGUUUAAAAAGCAGAUAUGAAAGCUCAUCUUUUCAUUUAAAUCUCAGCAAGAAGGCGACUCAGCACAUUUCCCAGGAUCCAGAAUAAUCAGACAGCAUGAAGCUGUUCACUGCUUGCAUCUUCAUCUAAUUUGAGACGAUUUACAAAUAACUGAGAAAAAAAUCUGCCAGGAAUAAUUGGAAGAAAUCUUCGUGUUCGCAUUGAAAUUAAAUGACGCCACAAACACGUCAGCUGCGGUCUGUCAUCACAGCAGCCUUUAGAGUCUGUUCCUGCAGCAGCUGAUCAGAUCUGUCUGGUUUCUCCUCGUGCCUUCAGACGACUGAAGAAGAUAAAUGUUGGAGUUUUUAGAAGCGCAGGAUGAAGCGGUGACGCUCUGACGGCUGCAUCACUUUGGGUUACAGGUGCAGAAACACUCAGCCAGCAGUAAUUUUGGUUUUUUUUUCUUCUUUAGCUCAUCAACACACGGAGACGUUUCCAUUUUACACUGUGAACAAUGAUUUACGCUCUGUAAUCCUUCGACACUGUAGAAGAAAGUCUGUUUUGUUGAUACUAAACGAUAGCAGAGAAUCCAGAAGUCACUGAUAAUGUCAGAGGAGAGAAGCUGCUUUGAUAUGUAGAAACUCUGAUGCCUUCGGCAGCUACUGUACUGUCACUCCGAAUGAAAAAGCUUAGUUUUCAAAUCCAACGGUGCACAUAAAUCAUGUAUUUAACAGCAGUGACAUGAUGUCUCUUUUUAUUGUCAUACUUCUCAUUAACUGCAAAUCAACACUUCUGUCAAAUUAAAAUGUUAAUGACUUGUUUGCUAAUGA